GUGCUUCUGAUCAUAAGUGGCAACCUGAGCUUCCUCAACUGGCUCACCAUCGUGCCCAGCAUCGCCUGCUUCGACGACGUCAGCCUGGGGUUCCUCUUCAGCUCCAGGCGAGGCGGGGUGAAGGAGCGGGUGGUGCAGAUGCAGCUCAGGGAGGCAGCCAGCGAGCAGCUUCCCCUGCGAUACGGCUGCUAUGUCCGCAGAGUGGUGAACAUCUCCUUUGGCCUCCUCAUUGCUUAUCUCAGCAUCCCGGUUGUCCUAAACCUGCUCAACUCCAGACAAGUCAUGAACACCUCGUUCAACCCUCUCAGAAUAGUGAACACCUAUGGAGCUUUCGGCAGCAUUACCAAGGAGAGGACAGAGGUUAUCCUUCAGGGGACGUCCAGCCUGGAUCCCAAUGACCCCGCUGCUGUCUGGGAGGAGUAUGACUUCAAAUGCAAGCCUGGGGACUUGAAGAGGAGGCCGUGCUUCAUCACCCCCUACCACUACCGCCUGGACUGGCUUAUGUGGUUUGCUGCCUUCCAGACCUACGAGCAGAAUGAAUGGAUCAUCCACUUGGCUGGGAAGCUGCUGGCCCAGGAAGAGGCAACCUUGUCCUUGAUGGCAACGAACCCGUUUGCUGGCAGAGCACCCCCACGGUGGAUCCGAGGGGAACACUUCAAGUACAAAUUCAGCCGCCCCGGGGGAAAGCACGCCAGCGAGGGGAGGUGGUGGAUUCGGAAGAGGAUCGGCCCUUACUUCCCUCCUGUCAACCUUCAGGGCCUGAAGAAGUUUUACGAAGACAGGAAUUGGCCAUAUCCAGUGCGGGACUGA